AUGUCUAGGAACAAUACAGUUAUAACUAAAUUUAUUCUUCUUGGACUUUCCAAUGACCCUAGCACACAAGUUAUUCUUUUCUUUAUCUUCCUGCCUGUAUAUAUGAUGACAUUAAUUGGGAACAUUUCUGUAAUUACUCUAAUCCUGUCUGAUGUCAGCCUUCACACACCUAUGUAUUUCUUCCUUGGCAACCUCUCGUUUCUGGAUCUCUGCUAUUCAUCUACCAGUGUACCGAGGAUGUUGAAAGAUUUGAUGUCAGUAAAGAAAACUAUCUCUUAUGCUGAGUGUGCAGCACAAAUGUACAUUGCUGUCUCUUUAGGGGAAACAGAGUGCAUUUUGCUUGUUAUUAUGGCUUAUGAUCGUUAUAAAGCUAUAUGUUAUCCAUUACAUUAUACUGCAAUCAUGAGUAAGAUGGUUUGUGUGAGACUAGCAAUCGGUACAUGGCUGUGUGGGUUUCUUCACUCUAUACCCUAUGUGUUAUUUACACUCAGUGUAGAUAUUUGUGGUAACAAUGAAAUAAAUCAUUUUUCAUGUGAAAUUCCAGAAAUAUUAUCACUGGCCUGUGAAAACAUUCUAUUUAUGGAAUUUAUUAUAUGUGUUGUUGGUGUGAUUGUUCUAAUGGCUCCAGUCACAUUUAUUGUAAUAUCUUAUGUUCAAAUCAUUUUAAGUAUCUUAAAAAUAGCAUCUUCAGCCGGGCAGCGGAAAGCGUUCUCCACCUGUGGAUCUCACCUGAUGGUUGUGACAAUAUUUUAUGGCUCAGCUAUGGCUGCCUACAUGAAACCUAGGUCAAGCUCUCUACCAGGAACAGACAAAGUAAUUGCUAUAUUUUAUUUUAUUGUCACACCAAUGCUGAACCCAAUGAUUUAUACACUCAGGAAUAAUGAUAUAAAAACAGCUUUUCUUAAAUUUAGUUUUGCUAAUAGAAAUGUAGACAGUAGAUUGACAAAAUACCAUUAA